AUGGGGACCACAGGACUCCAAUGCACAUUAUGGCUCAUAUACCUAACGCUUUUGGUCGGCUCACUCACUCAGACUGCAAAUGCAUCUCACAUCGGCCGCGUGUGUACGACAUGGGGAAACUAUCACUUCAAGACCUUUGAUGGACAUUUCUACCAAUGGGCCUCCACCUGUAACCAUGUCCUGGCCUCGCAGUGUGAGGGCAGCUAUGAAAAUUUCAACAUCCAGUUGAAGCGCAAGACAGAUGACAAAUCAGUCACCAUCAGCAACAUCAUCCUGAAGCUGGACGGCUCAGUGGUGGAGCUCUCUAAAAACUCAGUGAUUGCCAAUGGCAAGAUCGUGGCUCUGCCGUAUGUCACGUUCGGGGUGACUGUGAAGGGAACCACGUCUAGUAUCACUGUCGAAGCCAAGCUGGGAAUCACGGCCAUCUGGAACUUGGAUGACUCACUGGAUAUUGAGAUUGACAACAAGUACGAGAACCAGGUCUGUGGACUCUGUGGAAACUUUGACGGCACAGCCAAUGAUCUUGAGAAGGAGGGAUCUAGUCUGUCUUUGGAAGACUUUGCUGAGGGCUUCAAGGUGGAUGAUCCAUCGGAGUCGUGUGAGGAGCCUGAGCUGAGUGCCGAGAAGAGCUGUGGAGACAAGGAUUUCUGUAAGCAGAUUUUCUCCUCUGCUCCGUUCAGCGACUGUAAGAACCGUCUGGAUGUGGGAUCCUUCAGUAAAGUCUGUAUGGCCGACUUGUGCAACUCUGAAGAAGACGAUGACUCCUUCCUCUGCCAAACCAUCUCAGAGUACUCAAGAGAGUGUGUCCAUGCUGGUGGCAACCCCCAGCCAUGGAGGAAUGAAAGUUUUUGCUACAAGGAAUGUCCAUAUAACAUGACAUUCUUGGAAUGUAGCAGUUCUUGUCCUGACACCUGCUCCACCCCUCAGGCCAGCCAGACAUGUGACAGCCACUGUCAUGAUGGCUGCAGCUGCCCUGCCGGAAAGGUGUUUGAUGACAUCAGUGCCACUGGCUGUAUUGUACAGUCUCAGUGCGCAUGUCUGCACAACAACAAAGUGUACCAGUCAGGAGAGUCGUACAGUCAUCACUGUGGUUCCUGUGAGUGUCAGGGUGGUAAGUGGAAUUGCAGUGAACAGAACUGCCCAGGAACCUGCUCUGUGGAGGGAGGAGCUCACAUCAACACCUUUGAUGGAAAGGUCUACACAUUCCAUGGGGACUGCGCCUACAUUAUGGCUAAGCACUCUAAUGGCUCCCUAUUCACUGUGCUGGUGGACCUGGUCAAGUGUGGUUUAUCUGAGAAACAUACCUGCCUCAGGGCUGUGACACUGUCCUUAUACAGCAAUUCUUUGGUUGUUAAAAUUCAGGCGUCCGGACAGAUCUUUGUGAACAAAAUCCAAUCUCAGCUUCCACUCUUCACACCGGAUUUAAGCAUCUUCAAGCCAUCAUCCUUCUACAUGGUCAUAAGCACUAAAGUGGGCCUACAAAUAAUGGUCCAGCUGGUCCCUCUGAUGCAGGUCUUCAUUACAGCUAAUCCUUCGCUCAAAGGACUAACCUCUGGUUUGUGUGGGAACUUCAAUGACAUGAUGACUGAUGACUUCAGGGCAAUGAGUGGGCUAGUGGAGGGCACUGCUGUAGCCUUUGCCAACACAUGGAAAACCAGAGCCAACUGCAAAGACAUUAAAUCAAAUUAUGGACACCCCUGUCUUAAUGGCAUCAACAAGGAGAGUUAUGCCCAGUACAGUUGCUCCAAACUGACGGAUCCCACGGGAGUGUUUGCUCCUUGCCACUCUGUCAUCAGCCCCAACACGUACAAAGAUAACUGCAUGUAUGACAGCUGUAACUGUGACAAAAGUGAGGACUGCAUGUGUGCUGCAAUCUCCUCAUACGUCUAUGCCUGUGCAGCGGCAGGAAUCCACCUGAGUGGGUGGAGGUCGACCAUCUGUGGCAAAUUCAGUGAAUAUUGUCCAACAGGAACAGUGUAUGCCUAUAACAUGACCAGCUGCAUGCGUAUGUGCCGUUCCCUGAGCCAGACUGACUACUCCUGCCGGGUCAGCUUCCCCACAGUGGAUGGCUGUGGCUGUGAUGAGGGAACCUACUUGAAUGAGAAGGGGAAGUGUGUGGCCAUCACAAGCUGUCCCUGUUAUUAUAAAGAUUCCAUCAUUCUUGCUAAACAGACUUUCACCAAAGACGAAAACACAUGCACUUGCAGUAAAAGGAAGUUCCAAUGUACCAAUAACUUGUGUGAUUCUGUAUGUGGGAUCUAUGGAGAUGGUCACUACACCACAUUUGACGAUAAGAGGUUUGACUUCAGUGGACAGUGUGGAUACACACUCCUCCAGGAUUUCUGUGGUACUGGUCAGAGCAACGGAAGCUUCAGAAUUAUCACAGAGAAUGUUCCAUGUGGAACCACAGGAGCUACCUGCUCCAAGACCAUCAAGAUCUUCCUGGGGGAUAAUGAAUUCCAGCUUAAAGAUGAGAACUUCCAGGUGAUAAAGGGCAGCAGCAAAGUGUUCCCUUCUCAGAUACACAAGAUGGGUAUUUACCUGGUGGUAUCGAUCAAGUCAGGACUUGUGCUCAUGUGGGACCAGAGGACCAGUCUUUUCAUUAAACUCAGCCCAGAGUUCAAGGGUCAAGUCUGUGGUUUGUGUGGAAACUAUGAUGGCAACAGCAAGAAUGACUUCACCACACGCUCCGAGGGGACCGUGGCCGAUGUUAUCGAAUUUGGUAACAGUUGGAGGGUUUCCUCCACCUGCCCCAGCGCCCAACUUAUCAGUGAUCCCUGUUCCACAAAUGGCUACCGGGCAGCCUGGUCCCAGAAAAAAUGUAGCAUCAUCACCAGUGUCACCUUCAAGAACUGUCAUUCACAGGUUGACCCUGGACCAUAUUUUGAUUCUUGUGUGAGAGACUCUUGUGCUUGUGACACCGGUGGGGACUGUGAAUGUUUCUGCACUGCAGUAGCUGCCUAUGCCAAAGCUUGUAAUGAAGCUGGAGCGUGUGUUAAAUGGAGAUCUCCAAAAAUGUGCCCUAUUUUCUGUGACUACUAUAAUGAACCUGAUGGUUGUGAGUGGCACUACAGGCCUUGUGGAGCUGCCUGCAUGAAGACAUGUCGAAAUCCAUCAGGAAACUGUUCGAACCUCAUCACUGCCCUGGAAGGCUGCUAUCCACGGUGUCCUCCAAACCAGCCAUACUUUGAUGAAGACACCAUGAAGUGUGUUGAAUGGAACCAGUGUGGCUGCUAUGAUGAUAGAGGUAUCCAUUACCACAUUGGAGAGCUGAAUGGAGAUACCUGGGAUGCUGGCAACUGCACCACAGCUGAAUGCAUUAAUGGUGUAGUGACAAAGAAGCGUACUGAGUGUGCCACAGUACAACAACCCAUCUGUGCUAAUGGACGCAAAGCCGUUAAAAUUUAUGACAAAGAUGGUUGCUGCUUCCACUACGAAUGUGAAUGUGUGUGCAGUGUCUGGAGUGGAACACACUACAAGACAUUUGAUGGACAAACCUUCGAUUUCAACCAGAACUGCACUUACUACCUGGUCAAAGAGAUCAAAAAUAAAUAUAACCUGACGAUUAUAGUGAACAAUUAUGCCUGUAACCCUUCAGAGGACACAUUCUGCCGACAGGAUCUCAUUGUCAUAUACCAAUCCUACAAGGUUGUCUUCACGCAAAUUAAGACUUCAGAAUCUACAGUUAAUAAGGUGUAUUUGAAUGAGAAACAAAUCUAUCCUGCCUACAGCAACGGUGACCUGUUCUUCACUAGCACAGAUAUGGUGGUCACAUUGGAGAUACCAGGGAUCAGCACAGAAGUGGUCUACAGGGGCUCCUCAUUCACCAUUGAGCUUGCCUAUUCCCUCUUUAAUGGGAACACUGAGGGACAGUGUGGGACAUGUGACAACUCCAAGAACAACGACUGCCGUUCCCCCAACGGUCAAGUGGAAAGCUGCUCAGACUCUGCAAAACAGUGGCAUUUCCCAGACAAAGAUUGUAUCUCCACCCCUACUACUAUUCUACCACCUCUGACCUCAACACCACAGACAACAACACAGCCUUUUUGCGAUUCCACCAUCUGUGAUAUCAUAAAAUCCAGUGUAUUUGAUCGAUGCCACUCAGUCAUACCGCCAGGAGAAUAUGUGAAAACCUGUAUCGCUGACACUUGUAAAUAUGGAAAUAAGUCCUGCACCAGCCUGGAGUCCUACGCUGCUGAGUGCUCUACUGCAGGAGUCUGUAUCAACUGGAGGAAUGCCACCAAUGGACAGUGUGAGCACAAGUGUCCAAGCAACCAAGUGUACAAAGCUUGUGGCCCCAAAGUGGAGUCAACAUGUCAAGAAAAAUACAAUCUGAAGUUUAACGCCAGUAAGACGGGAUCCGCCAACAACUCUCAGGAGGGUUGUUUCUGUACUGAUGACACCACACUGUUCAACACAGUCCAUGACAUAUGUACUGCUUACUGCGAUUGUGUUGGACCUGAUGGAAAACCCAGACUGCCUGAGGAACAAUGGACAGUCAACUGCACAAACUGUAAGUGCGACAAAGAUACCAUGGGCAUCCUGUGUGUUCCUGUUGAUUGCUCGUCAGAACCCACGCCCACCUGCAAACCAAAUUACAAGCUGGUCACCACUAAGGAGGGCUGCUGCAACAAAUCGUCAUGUGAAUGUGAUAAGACGCUGUGUCCUGCUCCCAUGAAUUGCUCGCUUGGCUUCGAACGCCAAGUCACUGAAGACGAAUGCUGCGAUUCCUACAAGUGUGUUCCUAAAGGUGUAUGCAUCUACAACAUGACUGAGUACAAGCCUGGUGAAAAGGUACCAAUACCAGAACCAGAACCACCAAUAGUAGAACCAUCACUAGAAACAUCAGCAACAACAGCAUCACCACCAGGCCCAGGACAAACCUCUGGAACAACAGCACCACCACCAGGACCAGGACAAAGACCAGGACCAGGACCAGGACCAGCACCAACCACAGCAUCACCAUCAGGACCAGGACAAACAUCGGGAACAACAGCGCUACCAUCAGGAGGAUCAACUCCGGCACCUACAUCAGAUAUUCUCAAGCAAGGGAAAUGCCACGAGUGUUACUGUGGUCCAGAUAUGAAUCCCAACACAAGUAUAAACACCAUUACCUGCAAACCUAUUGUCUGCAACAAAAACUGCUCCGAGGGCUAUGAAUAUCAAGCCAAGCCUGACGAGUGCUGCGGGACCUGUGUUCAGACGAAGUGUUCUGUACUCACAUCUAACAACACAAAGAUUUACAUUGAGAUCAACACUACUGUGUCUGAAGAUAAUUGUACGAAAUAUACCUGUGAGGAGAUUGAAGGAAAGCUUGUUUCCAAAACGGUCACCACCAAGUGUGAGGACCUUGACCCCCGGGAUUGUGAACCUGGCACAGAGAGCGUUGAUACCAGUGGAUGUUGCAAAACCUGCAAACGCAGGAGUGUCUGUAAGGUCCUGAGUAACAAGGAAGUCAUCAAGGUGGGAGACUGUAAGAGUCCACAGCCGGUCAACAUGACUUACUGCAGCGGGCAAUGUGGAAGCAUGUCCAAGUAUUCCGCAGAAGCUAACAAGAUGAUGCACCAGUGUGAGUGUUGCCGAGAGUUCCGAACCAGUCAGAAACAGGUGGAACUGACCUGCAAGGACAGCUCUAAGGUCCAGCACACCUACGUGCAUGUGGAAGCGUGUCAGUGCAAACCAGCAGAGUGUGUGCCUGGAACGACCAACAAAUCACAGCGCCGCAGAAAGCGCUGAGCACUUACUGCAUCCUGCCGGACACUGGACACC